AUGCCCGACAUUGACCCCGCCUCCCUCAACAGCGCCGAGCCAUUGCAGACAUCCCUCAACCCCUCCUCACUUACACUCUCGAAACCAAAUGCCAUCACUACCUCUGCGGUCGCUCCCAAGGCGGCUAAAGCCUCAAACGACAAAGGGUCGCAACGAGUCGACCUCGAGCCCAUAUACACAAAUCUCAAGACUGCCGUAGGGGAAAGAUGGGCGGACUACAAGGAGGCUAUCAAAGAAUUUGUACUCGGCAAGCUCAAUCAAUCCGAAUUGUCUCUGCGCAUAGACUACUACAUUUGCGCAUCUCCCGAGACGGAACACCUUCACAACUCACUCAUCACUGCGCUCUAUGCCAACGCGUAUCGAGAGCCACCAGAGCCUGGCGUGGCACCAUGGGUUGCUGCGAACGACAAACCCUCCGUCGUUGGAGGCGGCGCGGCGGGCAAGGGAAAUGACAAAGUAGAGGAAAGGUUGAGAAGAGAAGUGAUGGCCUUACCAGGAAGAGAUAGGAAGAGACUGAAAGCUGUUGGUGAGCGCGAUACUCAUGAUCCCAAUACAUCCGCAACAGCAAUCGCCAUGCACGAAUAUCGCGUUGCGCGCUCUAUUAAAUUACAGGACAGUGUGCCGGCCAGCGCCGGCGGGCUUAAUAAGACCAACUGGGAUCUUGAAAUCCGGAAACGCUACACCCAUCCUUUGUUCCAUGAAACGCUCGAAUUCCCGGACUCACCCUCAAUCCAGAACCGAAUGCUUCCAAUAUGUUACGAAGAAGCUUUGCCCAAUGGACCAGCAGACCAGUGCGCGGAAUUUAUGGUCACGGCUACCGAGAUGUUCAUCAAAGACGUAGUCGGGAGCGUCAUUUCCCUCACUCGAAACAACUUCCUCUCAUCAAACGCAAAAAACGGCUAUACGAAUGGCCAUGUAGGCAAACCCCCUCCCCUGCAUUCAUCAGCUAGCAUGGGCGUCCCUGGCCAAAGGCCGCUUUCUAAGGCCGAUUUGCGAGUCUCUCUGGGCAUCGCUUCCUGCUCGCUUGGGCCAAUGCCGGACAUCAUCACGGAUGUGAUGGGUAGCUGGCCGGAAGGCGUGUUGGAGGGAUGGGACACUUAUGAUGCAGAACUGGAUCUCAGCGUUCCAGGUCUUGGCCGCCCAACUUCGAGUGCUAAUAGCACCACUGUACCGAAAGUUCCGGAUACUGACAGCAUUAUGGUGAACGGAACUCACGAUGUGCUUAUGAAUGGCGUUGCCACUCAUGAAACUAACUUGACCAAUGGCAACGUAACCAAUGGAAUAGUUUGGGAGGAGCCCGCUGUAGAUGGUUGGGCCGGAAGCAGCACGCAGGACCGCGACAGGCUUUUUGAUACGCUGGACGAGUGUUUGGCUUUUGGGCAAUGA